AUGGUCACCAUUUGGGUUGGACCUCUAGCUGAGAAGGAGAAAUUCACCAUCCAUAAAGACGCGCUGAGCUCCCGAGCCAACAGGAUCCUCGGCAUACUGGACAGCCUCCCGCCCCAGGAGGCCGAACCUGCCUUCAUCGACCGGGCGUAUCUCCUUGAUGAGCAGCUAGAGACCUUCAGGACAUUUCUCAAGUGGCUUUACGCAGCUUACAUCGGAGUCGCGGUCCCUUUUCUGCCGUCUUCCAAUCUUGCAUUGUUCCAGUUGUACAUUUUUGCCUACAAGUACUGCAUCAACUUCCUGGAAGACGCAAUUGUCUCGGUCCUCUACAAGAAAUUCGCCAACAGCGACACCCUCUGGCUCAGCCUGGGAUCUGACAAGUCUGCACUGGAGGCCCUGAUCCAAACUGUCCCGCCUGAUAACCACCUCUACAGGCUCGUCGUCCGGUCCGUGGCAUACUCCAUGCGCCUGCCGACUGCCGCUGAAAACAACUGGUCUGGGUCUCGACGCAAGUGGUCUGAGCCGGAACACAAAUCGGCCGCGCCUGGGCACAACUGGUGUACUAACAGGACUGAAUUCAAAUGGCCUGAGCCUCAGCACAAAUGGUCUGACAACUGGUCUGAGCCUGGAGACCAAGACGGUUCUCCAGCUUUCCCAAGCAGGCCUGCCACGGAGGAUCAGGUAGAGGCGGUUAUGAAUUCCGUCCCGGGCGAGCUCUGGGUCGCAAUCUCCAGAGAGAACCUGCUCGCACUAACACUGGGUUCCCGGAGUCAAGACUUUGUCAGCGCUGUUGGCCAUGAGAACGAGUUCCUCAGGCAAUGCGAGGAUCAUGGUGAUGUUGACCUCUCUGCGAGCUGACCUCGGAAUGCUAAACGUCUCCGGGGCAUGACAGUCUUGAGGUCGAUUUAGGCGGACUUGAGGAGCUGUAGCGGAGAAGUGGACUAGACUGUUCUCAUUCUCAGCUCUCUAUUGAGAGUUUGCACUGGGUCUUGGAAGUUCUUUGAGGGUCAUAGGGUAGUUUCGUUUCCAAUGAAUCCCCAUGCAUACAAAGCGUAUGUGGCACCUUCACACAGUGGUAAAGACCCAGCGUUUUUCCAAGAUUCUUUUUUCUUCUUCUAAAGAACAAGAUGAGAAUGCCAAGAACAACGCAGAAAAAGAACAACACACCACAUUGAAAGUCACGAUUAUGCCGUGCGGUCUUUCGGUUUUGUCCCUUCAAUGCAUUUUCCUCCAGUGCAUUUUCCUCCAGUGCAUGCAUGUGGUCGCCACUGAGCGGACUACAUAUGAGAAAACUUUUGGACUGUGACUGACAAAACGGCGAGAGGGUGGGGUGUAGUUGAAAUAUGCUUUGCGGCUCUUUGCUCACCAGGAUCCAGGGACAAUGGAAACUUUCCCCGAGAGCUCGGCAGCUUGAGAAACCAACAAGCUCUCAAAACAAGCACCCAUGAGGACCUGUUAUUACCCUCGGCAGGACGGCAGGAAACAGACAGACAAACAAACAAUCGC